AUGAAUAAUUGUUCUAUGAUAGCCAUUAGUGGCGCUGCUGCAGUAGCUGCAGCUAUAUGCUACAUUUUGUUUGGUCCUAAACAGUAUAAUAUAAAGCCGUUAAAAGGAGGAUCUUAUCCUGGCCUAGAUAAUCUUGGCAAUACUUGCUUUUUAAACUGCAUUCUGCAGAGCCUUGCAUCUUUGCCUGCUUUCGUUAUUUAUCUGAAAAAAAUCAAUGCCAAUUCUAAUUGUAACAAGCAAAACAAACCCUUAACGAAUAUACUAGCUGGAUUACUUGACGAAUUAAGUCAAAAACAUAGUUAUGCUCGAUCAUUGUCAGCAAGUAGCGUGCUUGAAGUAUUAUUUAGAUACAAUUGGAUCAUAUCUUCAGAACAACAUGAUGCACAUGAAAUGUAUCAUGCCUUGUUGACAACAUUGGUAGAAGAAACGGAUUACAAUGAUAAUCUUCACCCAAGUCAUGAUCUAAAUAAUGCCAUUUCAUAUUGUUCGAACGAUGAAAUUGAUGAAGGUUCGGCACAUGCCGCCACACGGACGCACGGUAUACCAUUGACUUCUACGAGUCAUCUCAAUCUUGAAUUAGAAGACUGUAUUAAAACUUUCUUGAUGAAAGAAUACAUAGAUGAUGUUAUUUGUGAUAACUGUUCAAAAGACAACGGAAAAAAUGGAAAGGCAACUCGGAAAACAUUUAUGAAGGAAACUUUUUUCGGAAAGGUAACUGCCAUAGAUACAACUAAGAAUCUAAUAUUGAUCAGUUUCGUAGAAUUGAAAAUACAUGUAGUUGGUGUAUCAUAG